AUGACUACCACUCAAAGCAGCGAUGGGACGUCGAAACGAGCUUUGACAGAGGAGGAAUCUGGCUAUUCUUCCGAGAAGAAACCCAGAGUGGAAGGUGAAGACGACACAGGCAUGGGAGACGAAAGCGAAAGCGAUAGCGAAAGCGCAAGCGACGAAUGGGAAGUCGACGAAGAAGUCUUUGCCAAAGGACGCGUCGAACCCGGAAGUGUGUUAGACCGGGAAGAAACGGAACCGGAGUGGGAUGUGGACAGCUACGGUGAAUACGUAUCCGAUCCUGAGGUCCGUGCACUCUUCAGCUCCGAUGAGGAAUACAAGAAAUUCCGCGAUCGUAAGAUCGAGGUAGUGAAGAAUAAGGGUUUUUUACCAGAUCCGAUAAAGUGGAUCUUCGCCCUUCCAAAUCUGGAAGAACCUUGGGGAAACCAGACUACGAGGGAAGUCUUGAAGGAUAUUGCAUCCUUGUGUGUUAAGAAAUACAACGAGGAGAAGAAGAAGACUGUGGAAGUUGUAAGUGUUGUGAGGGCCAAUGAAAGAUCAGGAGGCAGGACAAAGCUUUACAUCACAUUUAUGGCUCGGGAGUAUCCGAAUGGGCCUCUCCUCGAGUAUCAAGCCAAGGCCAUGAUUUUCCUUGGAGGAGCAAAACCUCCCUUUCCUAUUCUCUGCAGGCCUGCCCCAAACCACUCUUCAUCUUAG